GGUUCGGAGUUCAGUGUUGGGUUCCCUAUCAGAGUGACUCACCGAGUCGACAAUGCAGAGAUCGUCUCUUCUGUGCUCUUCAAGCUCCUUCUCUCCGUUACCCACUGCUCUCCCCACCUCCAACCAUUUCGCGCUGCCGGUUCGGGGUCGGCCCACUCGUCCUGUUGUUGCUUCUGUUCGGUUACCCUUGACUCGUUUGCGGAACUUCCGACACACCCUCUCCCCUCUGCACAGCACAGCUACUGAAGAAGUCCUCGAAACAAGUAAGGUUGAAUCAGAAUUCGUUGAAGUUGGAUACAUUUCCAGUGUUCAUGGGCUUCAAGGGGAGAUUCGUGUAAAACCCAAUACUGAUUUUCCCGAGUUGCGAUUUGCUGAGCCUGGAAUAAGAUGGUUGAGGCAACAGUUCUCUGGAAAAGAAACAAUUCGAGAAGUUGAGCUGGUGGAGGGAAGGGGACACCCUGGACAGAAGACUUGGAUACUGAAAUUUGGUGGAAUUGAUACAGUAGAAGAGGCUAAGCAACUUGUGGGAUCAAGUUUACUUGUAAGGGAAGAUGAUAGGCCCGAGUUGGAAGAAGGCGAAUUUUACUCUCGUGAUCUUCUUGGCAUGAGAGUUACUCUUAAGGAAACUGGUGAACCAGUGGGAACUGUUGUAAAUGUCUUCAGCACUGGAGCAAAUGAUCUUUUACAGGUCAUGCUUGAUCCAUCAGUUAAAACUCCCGAUCAUACUGGGAAUCCAAAAUCAGAAAUGGGUGUUUCUGGUCCCCUUGUUUGGGUACCGUUUGUUGAAGCGAUUGUUCCAAAUGUUGAUAUGAAUAAAAGAGAAAUGCAGAUUACACCUCCCAAAGGACUGCUUGAGUUAAAUUUACGCUCACAUGAGAGGUCAAAGAAAGAAAGGCGCCAGCUUGAAUGGAAGCAAAGGAGAAAAUUCCAAAGACGUCUUAUAGCAGCUAAAAAGAAACUGCAUGAAAUGGAGCAACAACAUGUCUUUCAUGGGUUUAGAUUUGGACAGAAAGCUCAAAGGAGCUUACUUGCAGAUCAGAUUGUUGGUGUCAAUUCCAAGUUGCUUCAACAGGCCCUCCAGAAUAUUGAGCUAUCCUCUCAAAGAUGGAGUUCAUCUGAGUUCAUCAGUACUAAAUUAACCAAGUUAGGCCAGCGUACUUUAAAAGUAUCAAAGAAAUGCCUCACUACUCCUGGUAGUGAAGAGAAGCUAGACUCAAAUUUUGAAUUGCAAGAGAAGGGACUCCAUUUGAUGUCAAAAGGAAAAAUGGCCAUUGUUUUAUUUGUAAAUGACAGUGAGAAACAUGGAAGGUGCUCUGUUCCUGAGCUUGUUGAUUCUGAAAGUGCAGGGAAUUCAAUUUCCUUCCUUCAGACAUUACUUUCUGAUGAUCGGAUAUCUUUAAAGAAAGAAGACCGUGUUUCAGUGCCUCUUAUUAUGGUUUCCCCAGCUCAUGAAGUCCACUCUCUGGAGAAUCUAUUUUCAAAUCAUGAUCACUUUGCUUUUGACCCCAAAAAGGUCUGGUUCUUGGAAGACGAGAAGCUACCUGUUGUUAGCAAUUCUCUAGGAGGAGAAAACACACAGAAGAUUUUAAUGAAAUCACCAUGGGAGAUACUCCAAACAUCAGUUGGAUCUGGAGGAGUUAUUAGCUUACUCUCAUCAGAGAACAUUCUAGACAAUCUUAGCGAAAUGGGUGUGGAAUACAUUGAGAUACGCAGUGUUAAUGAAGAAUUUGUUAGCGGUCAUUCACUCCUUGGGCUUGUUAGUUCACUUGAAUCAGAUGUGGGGAUCCAGAUAUCUGAAGGUAUUGAAGAUAUCGAGGAAAACUUUCACAUGAUCUUCUCCAUGAAAUUUAUGAAUAAGUUGACGAAACAGAUGAAAAAACUCCAGUUUCAUGGGAUCCCAAAGCUAAAUUCACAUGUAGAGAUGGUUGAGAAAGAGUGGGUUGAUGUUACCCCCACCUCCCCCAACUCAUUAGAGCUGGGUUGUUCUAUUUACAGUAGCUUGGAUGCUUGUUCUUUGGAUAAGGUUUGUGUAGUGGAAAUCAGAGAGUAAGUUGCAGGAGUGAUGUUUUCUUAUUCAUUUUAAGACCUCAUUGAAUUGCAGAGGGUGGCUACUCAUCUCAUACUUGAUUAGUUUUGAUAGAUGAGUAGAUUCAGAGGAGGGUGUGGGACUCUUAACGAUUGGGAUGUGCUUCCCAAUGUGACAGAUGAAGUGCUGAUUUCUGGAAAUAGAUGCAAAUACAAUAUAUACCUCUUGUAAACUGCUCAACUACAUCACAUCAAAUUGUUAAAUGACUUCUUUUUUGGUAGCCA